GGAGGAAAAACAUGGCGGCGCCCGCAAAUGAGCAGAGUAACAGUAAUAACAUUGAUGUUUGUAUGUCCAGGAUAAUAAGUGAAAAUGCAGCAGAGCACGGAAGCUGCAUGGAUUAUGUGGGUGAAGUGGUGGAGAGAGAAAUUGGUAAUGAUUUAAAAUCACUGAGGAAAGUCAGGGGGCUUGUUGAGAAACUGACAGCAGAGAACAGAGUGUUAGAGGAGCAGGUGGUGACUGUAUCGAGUUCAGUGCCUUUGCGUGUAUCAGCUGCACUUGCUGCUGCGGAGGAGUCCCGGUCCAAACUGGAGACUUUACUCCAGAGAGAGAGAGUGCUGUCCAACAUGUUACAACAGCAUCUCCAGGGAGCGCAGAGCUGGGCUGACAGUCUUGGACAAACCCUUGGAGAGCUAGACACACUGGAGAGACACAUGAAAUACCUUCAGGUCUUAUCUCGGAUUGAAGAGCUCAGUGACAAUAUUCAGCAGUUCCUGAUGACUAACAGCAUCUGGGAGGCAAUCAGUGACGUAGAAAACAUGGCCAAAUUAGACAUGAAUCUUAAAGAGUCAGGCUGCACCCACCUCCAAGCAUUCCUCAGAGAAACACUGCACUUCUGGCAUAAGAUCCUGAAAGACAAACUUUCAAGUGAUUUUGAGGAGGUGCUGAUACAACUGCACUGGCCAAUAGUGUCUCCUCCAGUUCAGUCUCUCACUCCACUGGCCAACGCUCAAGAGCUCAACAGCCAAUUGGAAUUGCUCGGUUCUCAGCUCAUUUCUUUGCAGACAUCUGAUGACCUUAUAUCAGAGAAUAAAGAGCUGCCCACGCACCCUGGCUUGUCUCAGACCACACCACUCUCACUUCCCACUCAGAUCAUGCUGCAGCCCCUCAGUAAGAGGUUUAGGUAUCACUUCACUGGGAACCGGCAGACCAACUCUCUAAGCAAGCCUGAGUGGUACCUGACUCAGGUCCUCAUGUGGAUGGGGCACAAUUCAAAUUUCAUGGAGGAGAAAAUUCAGCCCAUUUUUGACCGUGCUGGUGCCAAAGUUAAUGCGAAGGUGGAGCUGUGCAGAGGGCUUCUUACACUGGUGUAUGAGAAACUGGCCCAGGAUGCCCCUAGGCUGCUGUAUGAUGAUGCUCUCUUCUGCCAUCUGGUGGACGAGGUGCUGCAGUUUGAGAAGGAGCUGCGCUCCACACACGGCUACCCAAACAACUACCCUGGAGCCCUGCACAUACUGCUAGAGGAGAACAUCUUUCAGAAGUGGCUCAGUGUUGAGAGAAAAAUGGCACUGGAGAAGGUGGAUGCCAUGUUGUCUGCAGAAGGGGCCUGGAGCUCUCAGUACAAAGACAUCACUGAUAUGGAUGAGCUUAAAGCCCCAGACUGUGCAGAGACAUUUAUGACCUUAUUGCUUGUCAUCACAGAUCGAUAUCGUUCCCUGCCAAGCUCUCGAGCUCAGCUUAGCUUCCUCGCUCUCCAAAGAGAGCUGGUGGAUGAUUUUCGCAUCCGUCUCAACCAAGUCAUGAAGGAAGAGUCUCGACAGCCACUGGGUGCCCGCUAUUGUGCAAUCCUGAAUGCUGCCAACUACAUAUCUAUGGUUCUGAGUGACUGGGGCGACAAUGUGUUCUUCCUACAGCUGCAGCAGGCAGCCGUGUCAGUCGGAGAGGAGGUGCUGGGGGCUCUCGGGGCUACAGAGUGUGGGCGCCUGGCCUCCCUGGAGGACUCCCUAUUUGAAGGACUGCUUGCACUACUUGAGAGACUUAAAGGAGACAUGUUGGGCCGUUUACUAGAUGCAGUUAUGAGAGACGUGAAGGAGAAGGCCCAGCCUUACUGCCGAGACAGGUGGAUCUCUUUGCCAUCACAGUCUGACCAGGCUACCAUGUCACUGUCCAGCUCUGCAUGUCCCAUGCUGCUGUGCCUGAGGGAUCACCUGCUCCAGCUGCAGCAGAUGUUGUGCUUACCUCUGUUCCAGAUGUUUUGGCAGGGCUUGGCCGAGAGGCUAGACCUCCUCCUCUAUCAGGAUGUAAUUCUGUAUAACCACUUUAAUGAAGGUGGUGCUGCACAACUCCAGUUUGACAUGACCAGAAACUUGUUUCCAUUGUUUGGACACUACUGCAAGAGACCUGAGAACUUCUUCAAACAUGUGAAAGAAUCCUGCAUCAUUCUGAACCUUAAGGUCGGCCCGGCUCUGUUGCUUUGUGACGUGUUGAAGCAGGGGGAGGAACGAGAAGAAGAGGCCUCCCUGAGACCCCAGGAACCCACGCCUGAGUCAGCUCUGAAUGAGCUGGGGGUAUAUAAACUGGCCCCUAGUGAUGCACAGAUCCUCCUGAAUCUGCGCUCUGCCUGGCUUAACCACUAAAGGAUGAAUUCUGACUAAAUCACUAGCAUCAGUGACCUUUUAAAACUAAGACAAGCAGCUGGUCAAACAACAUCCUUGCCUGCUUUCUACAUGUUUACAUAAACUACAAAAUAAAUCUUUCCAUCUUUCCACCUAGCCUAAUCAUUUAAAAAAAUGUUGGAAAUGUUGAGAUUGCUGUUUUAAGCGAUUCAAAUAACCUGUAACGUGUAAUCUUUUGAACCACCAAUAAAUGCACAGUGGUUGUGAAUAAUAUCCUAUUUAUUUGGCCUUAGAAACAUAACAUUGAAUGCUAGAGUAUAUUAUGUAAUAUCCAAUAUCUUGGAUUUUUUUUAUACUGCAUAUAGGCAUGUUUAAAA